AUGCCCGGUGGCUUCCCCAAUAGCGUCAUGGACACGGGAAGCAAGCUCGUUGGUGGUGGCGCGAACAAGGAGAACAAAUCUCCCACCAAGUUCAUCCUUCCUGGCAUCUCCCACGGCAUGAAGAAUAAGAAGCGCCUCCGUGUGUCUUGCGAUGAAGAGGAUGCCGAGCGGGAAGCUGCCGAACGGGCGGCCAAGAGGAAGAAGAACGAUCAUGUUCCCGAGGGGACGCACUCCUCGCGCCCCGACUCUGUCAAGAAGGCGCAAAUCUCGAGGACGCCUGGUUCUCAGGUUCUCUCUAGGGAUAGCCCUAUCAAGCGGAAACCCGGCAUCAGCCUUAGCCGGCUGAAGAUGCUCUCUCAGCCCAAGAGCCGCACCUAG